UGAACCAAAUUUGUGUGCUCCCGUAAACAUCCCCAAUUCCUUUUUCCCUCUCUCAAAAUCAAAAACCCUAAACCCUCUCUCUCUCUCACAAAAACCCUAAUCACCCCCCACUCUCUCUCUAACUUUGAAUCACUGAGAUUACCGAAAAUGUCCCAAGCUCUGGACAUGUCGCUGGAUGAUAUCAUAAGAAAUAACAAGAAAUCCGGAGGAUCCAAUGGUAAUUUCAGGGGUAGAGGCCGAGGCCGAGGUUUUGUUUCAGGUCCAGGUCCAGCUCGUCGCUUCCCCAACCGCGCUCCUACGAGAACGACGCCAUAUUUGAUCCCUCAGAUGGUUCAAGUGCAGCAAAUGUUGGCGAUGGGAGGGUCGGGAUCUGAAUCAGCGACGAAGCUGUACGUUUCCAACUUGGAUUAUGGUGUUUCUAAUGAUGACUUAAAGGUGUUAUUCUCUGAGGUUGGUGAAGUGAAGCGACACUCAAUCCACUAUGAUCGGAGCGGGAGAUCAAAGGGAACUGCCGAAGUUGUUUUUACACGUCAAUCAGAUGCUUUAACGGCCGUUGAGAGAUACAACAAUGUACAGCUUGAUGGGAAACCAAUGAAAAUUGAGUUGGUUGGAGUCAAUAUUGUUACUCCUCCUGCGCCUCCAACUACCAAUGGCAUAUUAGGAAAUCCAAGUGGCAAUUUUAGAAGGCAAGAAAGGGUUGCAGGUAGGGGAUGGGACCGUCGAGGUGGUGGCGGCGGCGGCCGAGGAUUUGGGAGGGGCCGUGGGAGAGGCAGAGGCCAUGGUGAGAAGGUGUCUGCUGAAGCUCUUGAUGCGGAUUUGGAGAAGUAUCAUAUAGAAGCUAUGCAAAUAAAUUGAGUAGUAUCUACUGUGUAAUCCAUCCCUUUUAGGUUUUCCCCGAUAUGAUUACUUUUAUGCUGUGUUUGGUUGGGAGAUUUGGGGAGGGAUUUGGAAAGGGAAAGGGAAAAAGUGUGUGAAACUAUGUGAAAUUUAAGUAUAUUUUAUUCACAUUUCACCUACCUUUUUCAUUUUCUUUUUCAAAUCCCACCUCAAAUCUCCCAACCAAACACAGCAUUAUGAUGUCUUUUGUGCAAGUAUGCUUGUCAUUACACCAUUAAUGCUACUUGAAACAUCACUAACUGCAUACAGGUAGAUUGAUAUAUGGAACAUAAUAGUUUAGUUGUCAUUUUUUUUUUAAAAUUUUUUUUUAUGGUGGCUCACUUUUGUCUGCUCUGCUGAUUUUGAUGCUAUGGAAGCUUGAGCUGAGUUCUUUCUGUGUUUGACCUGAAUUGGUGAUGUGUCGGCUAAAAGAUAUUUCUGGUAAACAUGUAUAAAGUGACAGAGAUGCAUAUGUAUUCUAUA